AUGAACCGGAUUGUAGAUCAAAUUAAUUAUCCUAGUUGUGGAGUUAGUGGUGCUUCAGUUGAUGGUGCCGGAGAUGAUAGUAAUGGAAACGACUCCGACGACAGUAAUGACGACGACGAUGAUGAUGCCGACGAUGAUGAUGAUGCCGACAUUGACAGGAUGGACGCAACAACUUUGUUGAGUUUGUGCACCGACUUGGAAAUGCACCAUGGCUUAAAACCGUCAAGAAGAAUGAGCGUUAUUGAAAAGGUGGCAAUGUUUCUAUUUACAAUAGCAGUUGGGGCGUCAAAUAGACAAGUGCGGGAAAGAUUCCAGCAUUCAGGUGAAACUGUUAGUAGAUGUUUUAAAGAAGUGCUUAAAUCAUUACGUUUGUUUGCUGUAGAAAUCAUAAAACCAGUAGAUCCACAAUUUACGAGCACACCAAGAGAAAUUGCUAUGAAUCCAAGAUUUAUGCCACAUUUCAAGAAUUGUGUUGGUGCAAUUGAUGGAACACAUGUUCGUGCAUGCGUACCAGCUGCAAAUCAAAUUCCAUUUAUUGGAAGAAAAGGUGUACCAACACAAAAUGUAAUGGCCGCUUGUAGUUUCGACAUGCAAUUCAUGUUCGUGUGGGCAGGAUGGGAAGGCAGUGCACACGAUACUCGUAUUUUUCUGGAGGCUAUUGACAAUAGCACUAUCAACUUUCCAAAACCUCCAGAAGGAAAAUACUAUUUGGUUGAUGCUGGAUAUCCAAACGAGUAUGGAUAUUUGGGUCCCUACAAAGGCGAGAGGUAUCACUUCCAAGAAUUUAGACGUCGUGGACAACCAAGUGGUCGGAAAGAAGUGUUUAAUCGUGCACACUCGUCACUACGUAACGUGAUCGAACGUUCUUUUGGGGUAUGGAAACAGAGGUGGAGAAUUUUGCAAAACAUACCUGCUUAUCCAUACAAAACACAAGUUGAAAUUGUAGUUGCAUCAAUGGCACUACAUAAUUAUAUUAGAAGGAGAUCGCAAGAUGAUGCAGUUUUUUCUGAGUAUGAUCGCAACCCCAAUUUGAUUCCAGAUGACUUUUUGCCUGAUACUGUUCAGGCUUCGGCCGUUCAAGGCUCACAGAGGCCUUCACGUAUGGAUUUUGUACGCGAUGGAAUUGCCAAUAGUUUGAUGGAACAAUAA